UUUCACUCCAGAAGGAACGGCACAUGGACAGAGUGGAGACAGACAGAGCAGAACUGUGAGGAUCGACUGUGGAACCAGCAGCAUCCAUGCUUGGAGGGAUGAUGGAGAGAUGAUCCACAGCGGUUCAACUGGAGCAUUACAGUCCAUGCAAGACUAUCACAGUCCUUUAGGAGUUUUUUAAAGGAAGUGGCAACUUUUCUGGAAGAAUAUCUUGGUGGAUCUGAGCAUCAUCAACAUGACAUCACUGCUGCCCCCUGUUGGUGCAGAAGUAUUCAUUCGUUUUACACCAGCGUCACUGGAGAAAAUCCAACAACGACAUGAGGCUGAGGAGAAGGAGCUCCAACGGAAGAAGGACAAGAACAUCGAGAUAGCCGAAGACGAUCUGCCUAAACCAGCCAGUGAUCUGGAGGCAGGGAAGCCUUUGCCCUUCAUAUUCGGAGACCCGCCUCCAGAGUUUCUCAACAUCCCAUUGGAGGAUCUGGAUCCAUUCUAUCAGUCACAAAAGACCUUCAUCGUGCUCAGUAAAGGGAACGUCAUCUACAGGUUUAACGCCGAGCCAGCGUGUUACCUUCUAACUCCCUUCAAUCCUUUAAGGAUCUUUUCCAUUCGAAUCCUCAUCCAUUCUUUUUUUAGUUUGUUCAUCAUGGUGACCAUUCUGACCAACUGUGUCUUCAUGACCAUGAGUGACCCUCCAGCAUGGAGCAAGACUGUGGAAUACGUAUUUACAGGCAUCUACACCUUUGAAGCAACGGUCAAAGUUUUUUCCAGAGGGUUUUGCAUUGGAGACUUCACCUUCCUCAGGGAUCCCUGGAAUUGGCUGGACUUCAUGGUCAUCAGCAUGGCGUAUCUGACAGAGUUUGUUGACUUGGGAAAUGUUUCAGCUCUGAGGACGUUUAGAGUUCUUCGAGCACUGAAAACCAUCACUGUCAUUCCAGGUUUGAAGACAAUUGUUGGAGCUCUAAUCCAAUCAGUGAAGAAGCUGGGCGAUGUGAUGGUCCUGACUGUGUUCUGCCUUAGUGUCUUCGCUCUGAUUGGUCUCCAGCUUUUCAUGGGAAACCUGAGGCAAAAAUGUGUGCUGAUGCCCUCAGAGUUUCUGAGCAACCAUUCAGCAUCUGAUGGCUUUAAUAGCAGUUUCUAUGUCAAUAACACCAGUGGAGACAACGGCACUGGCUUUGACUUUUAUGAGCACAUAAACAACCCAGAGAAUUAUUACUACAUUCCUGGUCAUAUCGACGCACUGCUGUGUGGAAACAGCUCUGAUGCUGGGGUCUGUCCGGAUGGCUACACCUGUCUCAAGGCGGGGAGAAACCCAAACUAUGGUUACACCAGUUACGACUCUUUUUCUUGGGCAUUCCUGGCUCUAUUUAGACUAAUGACCCAGGACUUCUGGGAGAACCUCUUCCAAUUGACACUUCGAGCAGCAGGAAAAACCUACAUGAUCUUCUUUGUGAUAGUCAUCUUCCUUGGCUCCUUCUACCUUAUUAACCUCAUCUUGGCAGUGGUUGCCAUGGCGUAUGCUGAGCAGAAUGAGGCCACCAUGGCUGAGGCCAAGCAGAAGGAGGAGGAGUAUGCUCAGAUUUUGGAGGCACUGAAGAAGCGAGAUGAAGAGGUGGCAUGCAAGAUGGCGCUGCUUCAGAAACAAAACCCUGACCCUCAGAGAAAUAAUUCAGUGGAAGAAUCAAAGAGCAAAGAGCAAGAAAACAUUGCAGUGGAUGGCUAUGACGAUGACCAGAGGCCCUGUCCUCCAUGCUGGUACACGUUUUCUGACAUCUUUUUGAAGUGGGACUGUUGUGGCUGCUGGCGUUGGCUGAAACGGCUGCUGUACACCAUCAUCAUGGACCCGUUUGUUGACCUCACCAUCACCAUCUGCAUCGUUCUCAACACUGUCUUUAUGGCCAUGGAGCAUUAUCCAAUGACAGAAAAGUUUGAGGAGCUGCUCAGCAUUGGAAAUCUGGUCUUCACUGGGAUCUUCACAGCUGAAAUGAUACUCAAACUUCUGGCCAUGGAUCCAUACUACUAUUUUCAGGUGGGUUGGAACAUAUUUGAUAGCAUUAUUGUCACCAUGAGUCUCGUGGAGCUGGGACUGGCCAAUGUUCAGGGUUUGUCGGUGCUGCGCUCCUUUCGACUGAUGCGUGUCUUUAAGCUGGCCAAAUCCUGGCCAACCCUCAACAUGUUGAUCAAAAUCAUUGGGAACUCCGUCGGAGCUCUGGGGAACCUGACUUUGGUUCUUGCCAUCAUCGUCUUCAUCUUUGCUGUUGUUGGCAUGCAGCUGUUUGGAAAAAACUACAAAGACUGUGUCUGCCGCAUUUCAGAGGACUGUGAACUUCCACGUUGGCACAUGAAUGACUUCUUUCACGCUUUCCUCAUCAUCUUCAGGAUUCUAUGUGGCGAGUGGAUUGAGACCAUGUGGGACUGCAUGGAGGUCUCGGGUCAGACCAUGUGUCUCAUUGUCUUUAUGAUGGUUUUAGUUAUAGGAAAUCUUGUGGUGUUGAAUUUGUUUCUCGCCUUGUUGCUGAGCUCGUUCAGCGGAGACAACCUUUCAGCCUCUGAUGAAGAAGGAGAAAACAAUCUGCAAAUAGCCAUCAAUCGAAUCAACAGAGCUGUGGCUUGGACCAAAGCCUGGAUUCUGAAGCACAUCCACUCAGUAGUGCAAAAGGAAAUAAACUUAGAAGAAAAGAAUUGUCAGGAUGCAGGGGAUGUAGACAACAGCAAUAAAGAGGUUUUAGCUCUGACCUUUGUGUCUUCAGCACUGUCAGCACCUCAGGUCAAAGACGCCAUAGGUAACCAUAGCAACAUCACCAGCAACUACCAUAACAUCACUUCUUUAAAGGUUCCAAUCGCAGAGUCAGAGUCUGACCUGGAACUGCCUGUAAGCGAAGAUGAGGAGGAAGAAGAGGAGGAGGAAGAACGACUUUCUCAAUGUGAGGAGUCAUCUGGGUGCAGUACCAUAGAAGAACCGGUGGUCAUUGAAGCAGAGACAUAUGAGGAGUCAGACGUUCCUGAAGACUGCUAUACUGACAAGUGUUACAAUCGAUGUCCAUGCCUGCAUAUAGAUACGUCCCAUGGCAGAGGGAAGGCCUGGUAUAUUUUUAGGAAGACCUGCUUCUCCAUUGUUGAGCACAACUACUUUGAAACUUUCAUCAUUUUUAUGAUCCUCAUGAGCAGUGGAGCUCUGGCAUUUGAAGACAUUUACAUGGAGCAGCGCCGAGUCAUCAAAACAGUUCUGGAGUACGCAGACCAGGUGUUCACCUAUGUGUUUGUGGUGGAGAUGCUUCUCAAGUGGGUUGCCUACGGAUUCAAGACAUACUUCACCAAUGCUUGGUGCUGGCUAGACUUCCUCAUUGUUGAUGUGUCCCUGGUAUCAUUAACAGCAAACAUCCUGGGAUACUCUGAGUUAGGAGCCAUCAAAUCUCUGAGAACUCUGAGAGCUUUGAGACCCCUGAGGGCCCUGUCUCGUUUUGAAGGCAUGAAAGUGGUGGUGAAUGCCCUGGUUGGAGCCAUACCAUCCAUCUUCAACGUUUUGCUGGUGUGUCUGAUCUUCUGGCUCAUCUUCAGCAUCAUGGGUGUGAACCUCUUUGCAGGAAAGUUCUACUACUGCUUCAACGAAACCUCUCAGGAGAUGUUUCAGGCUGAAGCUAUCAACAACAAGACUGAGUGUUUGGCUCUGAUAGAUGAAAACUUGACCGAGGUCCGAUGGAAGAACACAAAAAUCAACUUCGAUAAUGUGGGAAUGGGCUACCUUUCGCUGCUGCAAGUGGCCACAUUUAAAGGCUGGAUGGACAUUAUGUAUGCAGCAGUGGAUUCCAGAGAGGUGGAGUCUCAGCCAAUGUAUGAGGAAAACCUGUAUAUGUAUGUGUACUUUGUGUGCUUCAUCAUCUUUGGCUCGUUCUUCACACUCAACCUCUUUAUCGGAGUCAUCAUUGACAACUUCAACCAACAAAAAGCAAAGCUCGGAGGAACUGAUCUCUUCAUGACAGAAGAACAGAAGAAAUACUACAAUGCAAUGAAAAAAAUGGGUUCCAAAAAGCCUCAGAAACCAGUUCCCCGUCCUGAGAAUCGUUUUCAGGGUUUAGUCUUCGACUUGGUGACAAAACAGUUCUUUGACAUUUUCAUCAUGGUGCUGAUCUGCCUCAACAUGGUGACCAUGAUGGUGGAAACAGACGAGCAGUCCCUUGAGAAGGAAACCAUUCUUUACUGGGUCAACCUGGUCUUCAUUGUCAUCUUCACAACAGAGUGCAGUCUGAAAAUCAUCGCCCUUCGACAUCACUACUUUGCCGUUGGCUGGAACAUUUUUGACUUUGUUGUGGUCAUCCUGUCCAUUGUGGGUCUUCUUCUGGCUGACAUCAUAGAAAAGUACUUUGUCUCUCCCACACUUUUCCGUGUGAUCCGAUUGGCUCGCAUCGGCAGGAUCUUACGUCUCAUUCGUGGAGCCAAGGGUAUUCGGACACUUCUCUUUGCCCUAAUGAUGUCAUUACCUGCCCUCUUCAACAUUGGGCUUCUCCUCUUCCUCAUCAUGUUCAUCUUUUCCAUCUUUGGCAUGUCUAACUUUGCAUAUGUGAAGAAAGAAGGCAUGAUAGAUGACAUGUUUAACUUUGAAAGUUUUGGGAACAGCAUGAUUUGCCUCUUCAUGAUAACCACGUCAGCGGGAUGGGAUGGUCUGCUGAGUCCUAUUAUGAACACACCACCAGACUGCGACCCCAAUAUUGAAAACCCUGGCUCACCAGUGAGGGGCAACUGUGGCAGCCCAGCAGUAGGCAUUGUGUUCUUCACCUCCUACAUCAUCAUGUCCUUCCUGGUGGUUGUGAAUAUGUACAUUGCCAUCAUCUUAGAGAACUUUAAUGUAGCCACUGAAGAGAGCAGUGAGCCAUUGAGUGAGGAUGAUUUUGAGAUGUUUUAUGAAACCUGGGAGAAGUUUGACCCUGAUGCCUCACAGUUCAUACAUUACAAUGAGCUGUCAGUGUUCUGUGACGUUCUGCAAGAUCCUCUGAGGAUUCCUAAACCUAAUCAUAUCAAGCUGGUUACCAUGGACUUGCCUCUGGUUCCAGGGGAUAAAAUUCACUGUUUAGAUAUAUUGGUGGCUUUAAUUAAAGAGGUCUUGGGUGACUCUGGAGCGAUGGAGACUCUAAAAGCCACCUUAGAGGAGAAGUUCAUGGCCAACAAUCCCUCAAAGGUGUCCUAUGAGCCAAUCAGCAGCACUUUACGAAGAAAACAAGAGGAAGUGGCAGCAGUAACAAUCCAAAGAGCUUACAGGAGACAUCUCCAACAGCGAGCCGUCAAACCGGCAUCCUGGAAGUUCAAAGAGAAAACUGAAGAAAGCCACAAUGAGCCGUCACCGCGGAAGGAAGAAGGACUUCUUUCCAAAGGAAUCAGUCAGCAGCUCGGAGUCACUGAGAUGGUUUCUGGCAAAUUAGAUCAAGAUGAAAAUAUGGAGGUGAAACUUCAAAGUGAGUUUCUCCUCCAUGCGGCUCCGCCUUAUGAGCUCCUUAAAGAGAGUCUGAAGGAAUCGGCCGUUUAAGGCUGGUUCACCCCACCCUAGUUUCAGAGGGACAUGGACCUCUUUAAAAGAUGUGAACCAGAAGACCGUAAAAAUGAUGCAUCAGUGGAUCCAAAAGCCAAACCGUUUACUUUCUAAUCAAUCGUUAGAAAACUUUCAGCAUUUAACCUUCAGUCAUAGUUGUUUUAAAGGAACCUGCUUGAUGUGCUCUACUUAGAUUUAGGAGGCAAUUCCUUAACAGAGAUUGAAUGUUUUUUUUGGAAUAAUAUCUCCAUCUCCCAGCACACCUGCAACGCUUUCCUGUUCUCUGCUCCCCCUCUUUUGACUUUUCCUCUCUUUUCUUUUGCCCUUCAUCCCUUUGUUGCUCUUCCUCUGUUGUCCUAGCAUUUCCUUGUCCUUUACUGCUAUUCGUUCCUGUCUUCAUCAUUGCUCCUAGCACUUCCUUUCUUGUUGCUGUUCCUCAUCUCAUUUCUUUUCAUCUACUGUUUUUCUUCUGGUCAGAAGAUUUUUUUUUUAUCUUCGAUAUUUGCAUUAUUUUCUUUAACUGUGUCACUUUUCACGAUUUAAUUUUUGUUUGAAAAUAAUGAGUUCUUGUUUGAUUUUAAAGUUCUGCUUUCCUAGUAUAUAUUUUUGUUCUACUUCAUGCCAGUCCUUUAAAGCUGCAUGUUGGAGAUUUUGUUUAAUUCAUUAAAUAAGUUGCAGAUUGUCUGAGUUGUUUCUGAUGAUGUGAUCUAAAGUUUCCAGUGAAGAAAGUCCAGUGGUCUAUUGUUGCAACUCUGACUCUUUCAUGAAUAACGAAAGCUUUAGGACCAGUGUCUAAACAUGCUCCCUUCAUAGGUCACAGUGGAGCCACCCCCCCAAUCUGCGUCAUAGCCUCAUUCAUUUUUUCUGUCUAACAUCUCAGUUUCAUGUUGUGUUGACUAAAUUCAAACCUGUCCUCUGUAAUGAUGAGCAGCUGAACAUCUGCGAAUAAAUUCAUGUUUGUGAGAACAAAA